ACACCAGCACCAGCAACAACAACAUCCACCGCACAACCCUCGGACCCGCAACCCACAAGCACAACCGACGACGGCCUCUCGCGCCGCCCCCGCGACGCCCGCCUCAUCCACCUCAUCCUCUCCGCCCAAGGCGUCCACAGCUACCAAGAACGCGUGCCCCUCCAACUCCUCGAUUUCGCCUACCGCUACACUUCCUCCGUGCUCGCCGACGCUUUCCGUCUGUCCUCUGAAGGCUAUGCGUCUGCCCCUGGAGCGCCGACGACAUCCAAGCGCAGUGAAGCUACCGAUGGCAGUAAUAUUACUGUUAAUGCGCUGAGGCAGGCUAUUGCUAGUAGGCAGGACUAUCAGUUCCAGGGCGCGUUGCCCAAGGAGUUUAUGAUGGAGCAGGCGGUGGAGAGGAAUAGAGUGCAGUUGCCAAAGGUGCAGAAGAGUUGGGGUGUGCAGUUGCCGCCGGAGAAGUACUGUUUGACGGGUACAGGCUGGAGUUUGCGAGACUUGUGGGAGGAGGAUGAGGUUGCGGAGGGUGCUGAGGGAGAGAGGAGAGAGGCAAACGGCGAUGUGAGGAUGGAAGGAGGUGUGGAUGUCAAGGCCGAUGGUGCCGAGGAGAAGGACGCCAUGGACAGUUUUGAGGAUGUCUUUGGAUCCGGUGCCCAAGGUGAU